AGGGCGCUCGGGGCAGCUGGGCUGGAGCUUCAGUCCGCCUCUGAGGGGCCUUUGGCGUCACCUGGCCGCCGCCAGGCCACCUGUUGCUCUCUGGGUCCCGCGUCCCAGGAGCAGGUGCCGGGACUGCACGGACGCUGCAACUUGUGGCCCCCAGCGGACUCCCAGCCGCCAGCCACUGGCUCUGAGGAGGUAUCGGGGAAGGGCACGCCGGCAGUCACAUGGAGAGCGGCAACGGGACGCCCCUGGCCGGGGCACUCGGGGCGGCGGCCGAAUCCCCCCAGUGCCGGUUGCCGCCUGGAGGGGAGGGCGCGACGGGGCUGGCUGAGCCCGACCGAGCCGCGGAGGACGCUGCAGCUGGCAGCUGCGGCGGGAGCGGGGGCGGGCCACCGCGGGCUCUGCGGGCAAUAUACGUGCGCAGCGAGAGCUCCCAAGGCGGCGCCGUCGGCGGCCCUGAGGCCGGGGCGCUGCAGUGCCUGCUUCGGGCCUGCGAGGCUGAGGGCGCCCACCUCACCUCCGUGCCCUUCGGGGAGCUAGACUUCGGGGAGACGGCGGUGCUCGAUGCCUUCUACGAUGCAGGUGAGGGCGGGUGCCCCCUUUGUCCCCAACCCACUCCAGCUUUCCUUAUCCUCCCAGAAGCCAUGGCACUCCCUCCCUGGGUCGCUACCCUUAGUUCUCCUCCCCGCUCCCCAUACUCCCUGAAUUUUGGACCACUAAACAUAAUAGAGGCCACUGGCAUUUAG